CAGAGCAGCUGCUUGUGCUGUACCAGCUCAGCCCUGGACGAGCAGGCUUCCACAUGGGCUUCUCCAGCAAACCACUGCUCCUUCAGUUCCUAUCAAAUUCCCAAACCCAUCUUUUCCCCAUUAAGGCUAUCUUUGCAAGACAUCCUAGUGUGACUGGAUUAUAUAAGCGGUCCAAAACUUAAGUGGGUGGCCAGGAAAAAUUAAUGGGAAAACCCAACUUUUAGGUCAGCAUGCGCAAUAGCAAAUGGAAAAUACAGUGUCUGAGCUGACAGCUCCCCAUGCCCUUAGGGAUAGCGAUGUGGUAGCCGGACUUCUUCUAAGGAGACUGCAGCAAGCCAACCAGGACUCAAAGCCGCUGGAACUGAUGAUGAGGGACCCAGCAGGAUUCCUCCUUUGCGCGCUGCUGCUGGUAGCCCCCCAUUGCAGAGAGGUGGCUGCCCAGGAUGCCCAGCCUGACCCCAAAACACCAUGUGCCAACUGGAUGGGAGGAGCGCCUGGCUACCCUGGCCACAACGGGCUCCCUGGCCGGGAUGGGAAAGAUGGAAAAGACGGACUAAAGGGAGAGAAAGGAGAGGAAGGUACACAAGGUCCCAAAGGCAACCAAGGUGAAAUAGGAGCCCCAGGGCGGGAAGGGCCACGAGGAUUUCCAGGAUACCCAGGGCAGAAGGGGGAGAAGGGUGAAGAUGCCUUUGUCUACCGCUCUGCCUUCAGCGUGGGGCUGACAGAGCGAGCCCCCCACCCCAAUGUCCCCAUCCGCUUCAGCAAGAUCUUCUACAAUGAGCAGAGCCACUACGACGCCAGCACCGGCAAGUUCCUCUGCAACAUCCCCGGCACGUACUACUUCGCCUACCACCUGACAGUCUACCUGACGGACGUCAAGGUCAGCCUCUACAAGAAGGACAAGGCAGUGAUCUUCACCUAUGACCAAUUCCAGAAGAACAACGUGGACCAAGCAAGCGGCUCUGUCUUGCUGCACCUCAGCACUGGGGACGAGGUCUGGCUUCAGGUGUAUGGGGAGGGGGACAACAACGGCGUCUAUGCCGACAAUAUCAAUGAUUCCACUUUCAUGGGUUUCCUGCUGUACCCAGACCCAGACAUCCAUUAAAGCAGGGGGUGCUGCAUGGGAAGGGAUGAGGUGGCUUAACCCUGGACGGAGUCCUGGGGCACUAGAGCUAUAGCUAUACUGUAUUUACGAGAAAAUUGCCUUUUGCGGGGGCAAUGAUUGCCAAGGGUGGACUCUCUCUCCUGUGAAAUCAGUGAGGUUACACAUAAAUGACUUCCAUUAGGGACCAAGAGUUCACUCCUACCUCUGCUCUUGCUCUCUUUGUGGAAACCUGGGCCCAAAGUUAAACACCAUUCCUGCCACACCAUGAGAGAGUAACUCUCAAGAUGGCCUGACCUUUUUUAAAAUUUAAAAAUGGUAAGAGAAAAAUUAGUUACAUUUGAAUAUCACAUUCUACAUUUCCCUUUUUCAACCACCUACAGUAAUCUAAACCAAUUUUAUCCAGCAUUUUAAAAUGUGAGUAGAAGAGGAAGAAGACUCUUUGUGAAAGCCACCUCUGCUCUUGUUUUCAACCAGAACAGAUGGCUCCAUUUUUUCCCAUCGUAACUCCUGGUCUUAUUAGGGCCUUUGAUUUCCACCCAUGGUUUGUUGUCUCCCUUCUUUAGCCCAGAUCUUUGAAUAUUUUCACAUUAUUAACUUCCAUUGAUUUUAAUCCUUUGAUUUUCCUUUUAAGUUUAUCCCCUAUUGUUAUCUCUAAUGCAGACAGCGUGCUUGUUUAGGGCAGAGAUCUUCUCUCGAUGUAUCUGAAAAGCCUUAUGAGCACCGGUGAGGCCACACAGUAAAAGCGGCCUGUUGACCUUCGGGGUCCCAAGGUGAUCACAGAUGUGUUGGCCACAGUUGUGAUGCUCAGAAGUGCCAGCAGCUCCCCUUCAAACACUGUGCCUGACUGGGGAACAGAAGGUCUCCCAAGGCUCUUGGGCAGAGACCUUAGGGUGGAGGUGUCCCUUCCCAAGUCACUCACCUGACACUGGAAAUGACGGCACGAGUACUAGUUCGGUGCAGAGGCCACCAGCACUGGGCACACAAGCAGCAUCUUACAGUUUCCAUCUGCAAGAUGGCAGGAUCCUAUCCCAUCUCCCCUCUGAAUAGCUCCCACAUGCUAUCAGAAUUUGAGAUCUAGCAACCGUAUUUCUACUUUUUCAUACCAUAAGUGUGUCAUAAGCAAUGGUUUGCACACCAGCUGGGCAGAGAUUCAGGCAGUGGUGCAACCUCCCGUGUUGCGUGGGCUUCUGGGCUGAACACCCCCAGGACCUGCCCCAGCUCUUGGCAAGGUUACCUUAAUGGGGGAAGAGUAUUACAGCUGGGAUUAGUACCAAUCCCAUCAAACUGCUCUCCAAAGAGCUUGCCUGACUUUUAGCUAAAAGAGGAUUUGAUGGUUUCUCAGAUAUGUUCAAAGACGACUCUCAUUAGGCUUCAGAACAAGCUAACACAAAUCAGAGCUUUUGCGUUAUUACAAGCAAAAAACAGCAUUAAGAGCUUCAACUGAAAUUACUUCCAACACCAGCACUUUCUACACUCCAGUGAAUUACCACAUUAUAAAUAAUAACAACAAUAAACUCUCUCAAUGAGAAUGCUCCA